GAAGUGAGUCCCCACAAACCUGCUUUACACUCAUUCAUUAACUCAGCCAGAAGUUUACCUACAGUUGUGCUUCACGGUGUUCGUUUGGAUUUCAGUGUUCAGAGAUGUCUGCGAUUAUUAGGAAGAUCAUUCACACUGCAGCUGCUCCAGCGGCCAUCGGGCCCUACAGCCAGGCUGUUCUCGUGGACCGUACAAUGUACAUCUCAGGACAGAUCGGUAUGGACGUUAGUGGACAGUUGGUGGCGGGAGGAGUCCAGGCUCAGGCCAAGCAGGCACUUAUUAACAUGGGAGAGAUUCUGAAAGCUGCUGGAUGUGGAUAUGAAAAUGUUGUCAAAACCACAGUGCUGUUGGCAGACAUUAAUGACUUCAAUAACGUCAAUGAUGUUUACAAGCAGUUUUUCAAGAGCAAUUUCCCAGCUAGAGCUGCCUAUCAAGUAGCUGCUCUGCCCAGAGGGGGACUUGUUGAGAUUGAAGCAAUCGCUGUGUUGGGACCCAUCACGGAUGCCUCCUGACUAUAUGACCCCAGCAUGCAGCACAAAUUGUAAAUACAGUAAUAUGGAGACAAAAUGCAUGCCAGAUUACAAAAUCAAUCAGACUUUAACCUCCCAUUAAACAGGGAAAUCACCAACAACUUUCUGUUGCCAAUUUUGCUAAUAUAAAUAUGCUUCUGGGAAUUUCCAGUUAUUUAGGGAAUUUAAUGUUGAUUUUUCAUUAUAAUAUAUUCUGUAAUAGCAACAAAUCAAAACCCAGUUUAAAUUAAACUUUAUUUUUAAAUGUAAUUAUCACAUUAAACCAAAUCACACCACAAAAACAACAUUUCUAACAUUUGUAGAGUUUGUGUUUGUUGCAGGAAAACAUUAGCAGACAAUAAAUACAGCCAAAAAGCCUGUUUUUCAAAUAUUAUAUCCAUUGUCAUUUCAAAUGUAAAUAAUAUUUGGGUAUUUUACCUCAGUUGGUCAAAAUGUUACAUAAUUAUAUAAAGAGCAUUCCACAAUUUUAA